AUGGCAUCAAAGUUUUUGUCCGGUUAAAGUUAAAAAAAUUUCUGCCGGCUUAGUGUGAGAAUUUAGGAAAUUGAAAGCUGUGUAUUAUUGAACUUAAGUUGCAUUUUAAUACAUUACUGUUAUAUUGCAUCAAUUUAUUAUAAGUCAUUAUGAGUAAAGCACAACCACCCGAGCUUAAAAAGUAUAUGGAUAAGAAGCUCCACUUGAAAUUGAAUGGUGGACGCCACAUUGUAGGCGUUUUGCGAGGCUUUGAUCCAUUUAUGAACCUUGUCCUUGAUGAAGCUAUAGAGCAAUUGAAAGAUAACAAGAGCAACAAUAUUGGGAUGAUUGUUAUCAGAGGAAACAGCAUUGUUUUGCUUGAAGCAUUAGAAAGAAUAGCUUGAUAUAUUCUCCCUCCUUCUCAUGUUGUAUAAAAAGACAUUCAUUUUUUUCUUAUAUCGUCAUUUCAAUUUGUAAAAAAAAAAAACCUUGUGACAAUAAUAAAUGUUUAUUGCGUGA